UUAAAAGACCUUUUUAAAAAAAUCUGGAAUUAUUCUUGGAUAUUUGACUAACAUUUUCCCAAAAUACAGUGGAAUUUAAAUAACUCUACCUUAAAUGCCGAUCGUUUGAAAAUUGUCCGAAUCUCGGGUCAAAUAAAACUAAAAUGAUGCUCAAAAAAAAAAUAUGGCAAAAACAAGUUAUCGAACUUGUUCCAGGGAAUCAUUUUGGCAUGCUAUAAUGUUUGAAAUCGAGAUUUUCAAACAUUAGGGUACUUUUCGAGCAAUUCCAACAAAAAUAAUAAAAAGUUUACUUUUCGAGAAGUCAUCUUAGGCAAAAAUCGGGCCUCAACUGACAGGAUUAGUUCUAGGAACGAGAUUUUUUCAGCCAAGUCAUUUUAAGAUGUCCCCAUUCUAGGGUGGGAUAUGGGAUUUUUUUUCUUCUCAAAACCUCGCUUCAAAAGCUGAAUAUUGUUCCUUGAGCUAUUUUUGGACUCUGGGUCAUAUAUGAGCAAAAUUGGCCAACAUAUUGUUACAUGAGCGUUGCGAAUUCUGAUAUAAGUAGCUUUAUUUUGAAAUUUUGUGUUCCAAAUGGGUAGAAUAAGAAUAAGCGUGCAAAAGAAGCACAGCGCUAGCGAAAAAGGAGAUCCACAGUCCCGCUUGAAAGCUCGAUGCCAGCAGCAAAAUAUCUUGCGCUCGAUCAUCACCGCCUACUUCGAUGCUAUUUCCGGAAAGAAAUAAGAAGAAAGAGGGGGAGAGAAGACGCGGCUCGAUCGCAGGGCGAUCGACAGCGAGAGUUAGUUGCCUGCGAGUCCCAAGCAAAGGUGCACGUCCGUGCUGUGAGCACAACAAAGUUCGGCGAGCGACGCGUGUGCAUGAGGGCGGCGUCCACUGAGAUCGAGAACCACCGACCGCGCACACAUCCCGGAACGGUUGCGAAACAGCUUGGCCCGAAAUCAAGUCGACGCCGCCGCAGAACAAAUCCGCAAGCACCGGAGCCGACUGCUGGCACUAGGACCGGAGGUGUAGGGUGUUGUCAGCGAGCGGCUUGAUCGGACACGGCAGGAAGAGACCAAAGGCGGGUAUCAAGCCGAUCAUCCAGCACGAGUUCGCGGAAAACACCAACUAGCGACGAAGUCGGCAAAGUAGGACGAACCACGAGCGAACGCAUCCACCGCAACUGAUCGCCAAUCGAGUAAGAGACCAUAAGUUGAACUCGAACACCGUACUAACGAGAUUUCGC